AUGACUAAAUAUACUCCAGACUACAACACGUAUAGCACUCUUGGUCUCAAGAGCGCCUAUCACCAGAUGGCCGUCACCACCCACUUUGGACUCUUUGAGUUCCUGCGCAUACCGUUUGUACUCCGCAACGCCUCCCAGACAUUCCAAAGGUUCGUAGACAGAGUGCCUCGCGGCCUACCACUUACCUACGCCUAUAUCGACAACCUUUUGGUAGCCGGCUCCACCACCGAAGAACACAUGGAGCAUCUGGCAACGGUGUUUGACCGCCUUCAACAAUUUGGCGUUCUUCUCAACCAGUCCAAGUGCGUCUUCGGUGUGCCCUCCCUAGAACUUAUCGGUCAUCUGGUUGACUCCAACGGCAUCCAUCCACUUCAAUCGGAGGUUGCGGCCAUCCAUGAUUUCCCUCCCCCCUCUUCCAAACGUCAGUUGCAGUGA